UUCAGGUAUGCAUUUUGAUUGAAUUCUCCCAUCCUCAACGUAUAUGUAAUAUAUUUGCUCGCUUUGCAAACAUCGCACAAUACAUGCAUACAUUAAUACAACCGAUAUUCGCAUUACUCCCCAGUGUUUUGGUGUUCUGUGCUUAAGUAUGAUUUUCAAAUUUAUUAAAAUUGCAUAAGUGUAAAGUUAUUCCCAAGCAUACUCAUUUAGUGCAUAUAGCACUUAGACGUAUUGAAUUAGAUUUGUGUGUAUUUGUGCAUACACUACAACAAAUGUCGUCCAUAUUCCUCACGUAAUCACAUAUUUGCAUAGACUGAACAUUCCAGACAACGCUCUCUUUCUCUGGAGGGAGAGCUUCGACAAAUAAACCACAACUCAAACAAGGAAUAUCAACAGCAUCCUGCUCGUAUUGCGUGCAGGAAUAAAAUACGUACACAUACCAACACACCAGACACAUCCAGGAUGGGGCGGCUGUCACAAAAGCUGGCCGUCCUGCUGCUGGUGGCCGUUUUAGGCUCAUCAACUGCCGAGAUAAAUUCACCGCCUCGCAUCAUCAAACAACCGCCAACAGAUGAACUGCUUUUCAAAGUCGCAGUACAAAAUAAGGAAAGUGAUAAACCAUUCAUCAUCGAAUGUGAAGCUGAAGGAAAACCAGAUCCAAGGUAAGUUUCGUCCUCUGCAACGACUAUAAUGAAAAACUCAAAAGGCUUUUCCUUCAUGGAUAUAAUAUUUUAUAUGCAUGUGAAAUGGUCAUUAUCGCUAGAGUGUACAAGUAAUUAA